AUGGCGUCAACACCACCGCCGCCUUCUCCGUCUAAGCUUCGUGUACCUAGAGCACCGCGACAUGGGGCGAAGCAUGACAACUAUGAACCUUACCCUACACGUUACUCUGCUAGACUUGCUGGUCAACGAGCGUCAAGGGUCCAAACCACACCGCCCCCAAGCCACCCAAGCACAUCUGCCAAACAUGGAGCAGCUAAAAGGACUCUUUCGCCCUCAUCACCUGGCACUACCAAGCCCUCGCCCAAAAAGGGUGCACACUCUCACAGAACUGCUGCCUCCCGAAUUUCCCCCUUUGAUUCGGAACUUUCACUUCCCCGCACUUCUGCACAACACACCUCACGUUCCUCUGCAGAACGAGCUUUACCCACACCAGCUAAAACACCUUCGAAGAAGAAGGUAAUCAGUUCUGGCUCUUCUACAUCUCGCUCUCUGUUUCCUUCCACAUCCACUCCCAAACGCAGAAAAAUGGAAACCCCCAAAUAUUCUGCCGCAGAAUCCCUGGACAUCUUCGUCGAUGAGCCUUUGAGAGCGUACAACAUUGAAACUGCCGAGCAAGAAUUGGGUAUCUCCAUUCAUGAGGACUCGCGUGAUCGCAUCCCUGUGAUCGGUCCACUUUCGACUGAUUCGUUCGUUACCAAGGCACGAGCGGUCGGACGACCUGCUACUCGCUCAACCACCAGCCACAAAAAUGGAGCCUAUUUUGUCCAGCGUGGGAAAAAGAUAUUCAAGCGCUUUGACGACAUGGAAGAUGAGGGCGAGGAUGAAGACGACCUUGGCCUUUUCGCCAACCGCCCUGACCUGUUGGCUGAUAACCCUGAUAUUCUCAAGAGUGUGAAGCCUUUGCGACGUGGCGACAUCAAGCCUCGUAUCCUCUUCCCUGAGCCCGCUGAGCCUACCGAUAAGCACGCUGACCCUACCGAUGGUGCGGAGGAGGAUGUCACCGAUGUCGAGGAUCACGAGCCAACGUCUCCAACUCCGGCUUAUGAAGACCAGACAUAUCUGACUCCUCCCGUCUUGCCAGAUCUAUCUACCCCCUCCUUUGAAUCUGAGACCUCAUCUGUCUAUCACACUGCCCCCGUUAGACGUACUGGCCUCCGUUUCCAUCGCCCUGCCGUGGACGAUGUGACACCUUUCUCUUUUUCUGAGGACGUUAGUUUCGGCUCUUCUAAUGGGGAUCAGGCUCGAUCCCGAGGCCUCUCUGUCAGCAGUGGUAGCAGCCUCCUGAAGUACUGGCCGUCUGUCAGCAGGAAGACGCGGGAGGCCGAGGCCCGCACCGACCGCACCAAGCGUCUUCGCGACGCGCGUGGUAGCCCUGCUCCACGCACCCGACAGGCCGCGCGCGCGGAAGCAUCCGCGGCCUCGACCGCUGAGGCAUCUACGUCUGAUUCCUAG